AUGACGGCGAAAAGGGAGUGGGUUGACGGCGACGGCUACAUCUCCGACGAUUCGAGCUUUUGUGGAGACGAGGAUACGAAGUCACAGUAUGAGAACCUUCAGAACAGAUGCUUGGGAUACCAUCCUCCCGUCGAUGUUCCGCCAUACAAAAGACUCAAGCAGCUCGAACCUAAAUACGACACUGCCAUCCACGAAGGGCAACCUGCCGUGAAAUGUGAGCACAAUACCGGCYAUGAUGUCUUGAGCUUCUUGAAGAACCGUCCACAGCUCGCCAAUCUGGACAAGGCCCACGCCAGGUCUGUCGAGCCCAAGAAGCUUGAGAAGCCUCGCACGAUGAAUGGCAAAGAAGCCAUAGAUCUCGUCAAAGUCAAUCGUUUCAAGGAUCAUCCAGCUGCCUGGCAACAGAGCGAAAGUGUCGAGGAUUUUCUGCGCCGACUUCCCGUCCAAGACCCCGCCACUGCUCGAGUUGGUCCUUGGCUCUGGAUCGGCAGUCCUACUGUCCCAUACGCUCAAUCAUAG